AUGGAGCCCGGCGAUUAUGCCACCCUGGACGGGGCCAAGGCCAUGGAAGGCUUGCCCGGAGCCGGAGGGAGCCGGAAUUUAGCCGCCCGCUCCCCGCUCCCCAGCCACCCCGCCGCCGGGGCGCCUCCGCUGCUGCCCGCCGCCGUCAGCUAUGCCCCCUUGGACCUGCCGGGCUCUGCGGAACCGCCAAAGCAGUGCCACCCGUGCCCCGGGGUGCCCCAGGGGACGGCCCCCGCUGCGGUGCCCUAUGGCUACUUUGGAGGCGGGUACUAUUCCUGCCGGGUGUCCCGGAGCUCGCUGAAGCCCUGUGCCCAGGCGGCCACCCUCGCUGCCUACCCCGCCGAGACUGCCGCGCCCGGGGAGGAGUACCCCAGCCGGCCCACCGAGUUUGCCUUCUAUCCGGGGUACCCGGGACCCUACCAGCCAAUGGCCAGUUACCUGGAUGUGUCGGUGGUGCAGACUCUGGGCGCCCCGGGGGAGCCCCGCCACGACUCCCUGCUGCCUGUGGACAGUUACCAGCCCUGGGCCCUCACGGGGGGCUGGAACGGCCAGAUGUGUUGCCAGGGGGAACAGAACCCACCGGGUCCCUUCUGGAAGGCGGCAUUUGCAGAGUCAGGCGUGCAGCACCCUCCAGAUGGCUGUGCCUUCCGACGUGGCCGAAAGAAGCGUAUUCCUUACAGCAAGGGGCAGUUGAGGGAGCUGGAGCGCGAGUAUUCAGCGAACAAGUUCAUCACCAAGGACAAGAGGCGCAAGAUCUCGGCGGCCACCAGCCUCUCAGAGCGCCAGAUCACCAUCUGGUUUCAGAACCGCCGGGUUAAGGAGAAGAAAGUCCUGGCCAAGAUCAAGACCACCACUAAUCCGUGA